AAGUUACAUUUGGGGCGGAGGGAUUUCUAAGCGGUAAGAGAAGAAAGUCGAGAACUUGAAAAAUGGCAUCGGUAAAAAGUUCGAAUGUUUCCGUCGAACCUUUCGAUGGACGUGGCGAUUUUACUCUGUGGAAACAACGAGUAAAAAGUGUUCUUACUCGGGAAGGGACAAUCAAAGCUCUGAAGGUGAAGGUUCAGAGGACAGAAAAAAUGACGGAUGCUGAGUGGGCCAAACACCGGAAGAACGACAAACCGGAAAAAUUGUCGGAAGAAGAGUGGGAGGAUUUGAAGGACAUGGCAACAAGUACAAUAUGCCUAUGCCUUGCAAAUAAUACUCUUCGGGAGGUUCUCGGUUUGACGGACCCGGUGGAUAUUUGGGACAAGCUGGAGAGCCGGUACAAGUCGAAAUCGUUGACAACAAAAGGAGCUGGUCGGGAACGAGGACGGUCUAAAGAGAGGGGCGGCGCGUCCCAACGCUUCAAAUCGAGUAGUAAAAGCUUUCGGUGUUACUACUGCGAUGAAGAGGGUCAUUUCAAAAGGGAUUGUCCAAAGAGGAGGAAGGAAAAGAAGGACGGGAAAACACCCGUGACUGCGGUUGCAGAAAGUUCGAACCAAGAAAGUGAAGAAGACUUGUUUUUGGCAACCACAAAGAGUCUAGGUAAAUCGGAUUGGAUAUUAGAUUCGGGUUGUUCGUUUCACAUGUGUUCAGUUAAGGAAAAGUUUGAUACGUAUCAAACUUGUGAUGGGGGUGCUGUGAAGAUGGCAAAUGGUGCACGGAGCAAAAUUGCAGGGGUCGGAACAGUGCAAGUUGGCAUGUUUGAUGGCGUGGUGAGAACAUUAACUGGAGUGAAACAUGUACCAGGUCUAAAAGGAAAUUUGAUUUCAUUGGGGGCUUUAGACUCAGAAGGCUGCCGAAUUUUUGCUCAAGGUGGAGUGUUAAAAAUUUCUAGGGGAGCAAUGGUGGUAGCAAAAGGAGUUUUGUCAAAAGGCUUGUAUAAACUUGUUGAAAAAGAUUUGACACGGAAGUUGUCAGAAGGAAGAAUCACAAGUGCAACAAGCGGAGCAUUUGCAUGGAAGAAGCGGGUGACGUUUGAAGCUUCUCGGAUUGGUGGAUACUGUGACCUCACCGAAAUGAGCAGGGUGGAGCCGGACCAUGAAUUAGAGGGCGUGAAUGAAAGGCUUCAUAGCCUUGGCCAGGCAUUGGAAGCGUGUCAGGCAGAAUACAAUUCCCUUAAAACGGAACUGUUGAUUUUGAAGCAGGUCGUUUCGUCAACGGUGAGAACAAGUGCUGAUGUUGUUCCUUCAAAGAUCAAAGUCCUGGAGCCUAAGCACUUCGAUGGGGCCAGGAACGCUAAGGAAUUGGAGAAUUUCUUGUUGGGACAUGGAAGAAUAUUUCAAGGCUGCCAAGUUCCCGGAAGGGAGAAGGUUUCAAUCGCCCAAAUGUACUUGAUGGGGGAUGCAAAACUUUGGUGGUGUGGGAGAGUCAUCGAUGAUGCAAACUCUGGCCGGAUGGGGAUUGAGCCAUGGGAGGGACUCAAGAAGGAAUUGAAGGCACAAUUCUUGCCCCACAACGUGUCAUGGAUGGCACGUGAGAAUUUGAAGAAGUUGAAGCAGACCAGGUCCUUGCGAGAAUACGUUAAAGAGUUUUCUUCACUCAUGUUGGAUAUUCAGAAUAUGAGUGAGGACGACAAACUCUUAAAUUUCAUGUCCGGAUUACAUAAUUGGGCACAGGCCGAACAUAGAAGGUUGGCAGUGAAGAACUUGCCUACUGCCAUGGCCGAAGCGGAAAUCUUGGUAGACUUCAAGACGAUGGCACCCCAAGGAAAGAAAGGGGAGCAUCCUAAGAAGGAGGAGAAGGCUAAGUCUGACGGGAAAACCAAGUCCAAGAAAAAGGGCGGUGAUGGAAAAGCACCCGCGGAAGGCGGAAAGAAGGAAAAGGCACAAGCCGGAUGUUGGACGUGUGGUGGCGAUCAUUUCCAACGUAACCGUCCCCAGGGUCCGAAGAUCAAUGCCAUGGUCGAAGAGGGGACAUGGGUAAGUAAUUCUAUUCCGGCUCGGUGUAGUCCUUAUCAGUUGUGUUCUACCAUGCACGAAUCUGCCCAUAAUUUUGUGAAUCGUGGAUUGAUGUAUGUGUUGGUUGUGGUCAAUGGCGUGGAAUUGUUGGCCAUGAUCGACACGGGUGCUAGUCACAAUUUUGUGACUGAACGGUUACUUGGACGUCUUCAACUUAAGUUGGAAGGGAAUUCAUCUAUGAUCAAGACCGUAAAUGCCGCAGCGAAGGAGGUCACUGGGCGGGCAUAUGUCAAGAUCAAAGUUGGGGAAUGGCAAGGAGAAUGUAGUCUCACGGUGUUGCCCCUUGAUGACUUUGAUUUGAUCUUGGGGAAUGAGUUCCUAAUUAUGGCAAAGGCAGUCGUAUUCCCUUACCUUGGAGGGAUGAUGAUAAAUGAUUAGCGUUCAUCGUCGUUUGUUAAAGGAUGUUAUGCCGAUCAGAAACAAGGACAUAAAGGUUCGGUCUCGUGCUCGGCAAUGCAACUCAAGAGGGGAGUGCGUUCGGGAUACCAAAACUACCUUGAUGUUAUGAUGGAAUUAAAGGAAGGUGAAAGAU